AUGGCCUCCAUUGCCAAAAACAAUGCCUUCGGCAUGAACAGCCCAAGCUGGAACGUCCCCUUUCCCAACGGCAACCUGACCGCAGCUGAGGUUUUGGCCUACCUUCCGCAUUGGCUGAAGUCCAUCGAUGUUGUCGACCGCUUUGUUUCACACGGCGCGAAGGCUGGCCACCUCGCCGCUAUGAUCAACGAGUUUAGAGAUCAGCCAUUAGGUCAAGAAUUCAAGCCGAACUCCGCUAUGGUCAUGAUCCAGUACGCCAUGCGACGCGCGGGCUAUAAAAACUGGACUUUUGGUGCGCACUUGGGGUACGAGCGCGAGAUCCCGAGACCUGAAGACGACCUUAGCGUAACGGGGUUCCGUACACCGAACCGUACCCACCCUAAAGUUGUCAUGACUGCUACACCUGAGAAAACCAAGGUCAACCAGGAUUGUGCGCCGCUGGACUUCAAGGCUCUUGCGUUACACGUGAAGGAACAUCCAUCUGGUGAUGACGCACUUGACCUUACCCGCUGUAUACGAUACGCCAUCGAGCACGAAGAAGAAGCGUGGCUCUUCCCCACUGACUUUCAGCGUCUCAUCAUUCACCUCGGCGGUCCGCUCACCGUCACUCACGCUCACCACGAUAGACAAGUGUUCGCUCGUCACAACAACUACGUUUUUUCACCCGCCAAGUCCAUACCUGGUAAGGGUCAGGCUCACAACAGUAAGGUUAGAACUCCGCGCAACAGUAAGAGAAGCUUCGUUCCCGGCAUCGAUUCGGUUGCUAUGUCAAGGUCAGCGACACCACUGAAGCGUACUGCAGAGGGUCUGGGGAAGGUGCUGGAUGGCAAUAAGAGGAGGAGCGGCAGGCUUGUCGGCAAGCAGAUCAACUUCACUGAAGAGCCUGAAGUAGAUAUCGCGGACAUUGACUACUCCAACUCGCCCUAUAGCACUCCCGCCAAGAAGCGGAAGCUGUCCUGUCUACCGCCCACUCCCAAAUCAUCCGCCGAAGAUGACGAUUUCGUAGAAGAUGAGUCAGAGCCUGAUGACGAAGUUCCCGGGGAUGAUGCGAGUGACGUUGAAGAGGCUGUUUCACCCGUCCGUACAGCGCGCAGUCGCCUUGCAGCGCGUAAGGCUAGAUUCAACAUCAAAGCUGCUUUCGUACCUGAGCGACGCCCCUUGAAGCUCAAAGUUCCUAGUAUCGGACCGUCACCUCAGAAAGCCAAGCCAGAGCGAGAGGUGCCCUCAUACAUGACCACCGAUGUCGCUCCGGACGUCAUGGAUGCCGCCCGAGAGUAUCUCAACCGUGAACCCAUCCAUCUCAUUCCUCAUAUCCUCUCCGAUGAUCGCCUCAGAAUCGAUGACUACAGUAUCUAUCUCUACUCCUCUCCCCCACACACUUCGAUGGCAGCAAUGUACGCAUCUGCUUACGACUACGCCCGCUUUGACGGUCCCCGCCGCCAUGCCCCGUUCCGCGAGCUCCACCUGCUAAGUCAGCCUCACCCAAAGGACACAAGUGACUGGGCGGAGAACAUCCGCUGGGCCAAGCAGCAAUUUGCUAUGUUUGGCAGCCUCUGGACGGAAUAUGACUACUUCCUUGAGUGCAUUACUGCGCAUAGGCAUGAGAUUGGAUGGGUCAGCGAGGAGGUGAUUACGGAGGGUAUGUGA